UGUGUGUUAAACUGGUGCACAGCCAGCCGUCUGCUUUGAAAGCUUCAGCUCACAGUGUUUUCCUUCUCCUGCUGCACAGGCUGUCAUCAGAGAGGAGGAAACUCUGUAGACUCUUCCUUUUCAUGUCCUCAUCUCCAGACGCCUCGCUUGCAUCUGCAGGUCAGAUGUUGAGCUGUCUUUGAAUCUAUUUUGAGCUUUCCCUGUUCAUGCUUUAUUUCAGAAAAAUGAGGGCUGAAGUGCUUGUCGUCUGGGUCGGACUGAGCCUUUGUUGGGUUCUGGUCAGCACUGAAGAACCUGUGGAGAAGCAGCAGCUUUCAAGAGUCCAGGCUCAGGUGAGAGAACCCCAAGGACUGAUCGGACCAAGGACAGAAGAGGAAAGGGAACUGUCAGACGAGCCAGCUGAAGUUGCAGUAGAGGAGAAGACAAAACCAAAGAAAAAGAAAACCCCUGAGGAAAUCGAGGCCGCCAAAGCAAAGAAGGCGGCAGAGCGAGAGGCUAAAGCGAAGAAGCAGAAAGGUCCAGAGCCCACCAAGAAACCUAAAACCCCAAAGCCAACCAAGAAACCAAAGCCACCAAAGUCCACGAAGAAGCCAAAGGUGCCCAAACCCACCAAGAAACCAAAGCUGACAGUGACCACGGUGCCGCCAGAGACGCUCCCUCCUCUGGAGGAGAAGGAGGAAGAGGAAGUGGGCCUGGGUUCAAUUAUUGUUCAGACUUUGUUACCAAACAUCUUUCUGCUAUAUGAUGUGAUCUCUACAGAUAAGUUUUUUGGACAUAAUGCCAAGAAGGAAGCCACAACCACUGAAGUCAUGUACAUACCAGAGGAAACCACGUCUGUCCCAUUUGUUGUUCCCUGGUAUGAAGAAUAUGAUUACACUGACUUGGCAAGUGAGCUGGCAAAGAAACAAGAAGAGGAGGAGGAGAGAGCACGAAAGGAAAAGGCAGAAAAAGCUGAGCGGCUGAGGAAAGAGUGGGAGGAGGAAGAGGCAGAGAGACUGAAGCAGGCAAGUCUUCCUGCUGAGCCAAAAAAGUGCCCUCCUUUGGGUUUGGAGUCUCACCGGGUGGAAGACGACCAACUGCUGGCUUCCUCUCAGUCCCACCAUGGCUUCUCGGCUCAGAGGGGACGCCUUAACAUGCAGGGCUCUGAGAAGGAGGAAGACACGUAUGGAGGCGCAUGGUGUGCAGAGCCUGAGGAGAAAGGCCACUGGUUUCAGGUGGACGCUCGCCGAGAGGUGGAGUUCACUGGGGUCAUCACGCAGGGAAGGAACUCUGAGCAACAUGAGGAUUUUGUUUCAUCCUACUACGUGGCCUUCAGCAACGACAGCUUUGAUUGGACGGUGCUGCAUGACGGCUACGCUGAAUGGUUGUUCUAUGCGAACGUGGAUAAGGAAACACCUGUAAUGAGUCAGUUUGCUGCACCUGUGACGGCGCGGUACAUCCGGAUCCUGCCUCAGAGCUGGAACGGCAGCCUGUGUCUGAGAGCCGAGGUCCUCGCCUGUCAGCUACCAAGCAGGUAUCAAAGUGAGAAUGAGGUCAACUCAUCUGACGACCUGGACUUCAGACACCACAACUAUAAGGAUAUGAGACAGAUGAUGAAGGUGAUCAAUGAGGAGUGUCCAAAUAUUACCCGGAUCUAUAACAUUGGGAAAAGCUCCAAAGGCCUUAAGAUGUAUGCCAUGGAGAUCUCCGACAACCCUGGCGAACACGAGGAAGGAGAACCGGAGUUCCGUUACACAGCCGGUCUCCAUGGCAACGAGGCUCUGGGUCGGGAGCUUCUCCUGCUUUUGAUGCAGUUCCUUUGUAAGGAAUACAAAGAUGACAACCCAAGAGUUCGACGCCUGGUAGAUGGAGUGAGGAUCCACCUGGUGCCAUCGCUGAACCCAGACGCAUACGAGCUGGCCUAUGAGAUGGGCUCUGAGAUGGGAAACUGGGCGCUGGGCCACUGGACUGAGGAAGGUUAUGACCUCUUCCAGAACUUCCCGGAUCUGAACAGCAUCUUGUGGGGAGCUGAGGACAGAGGUUGGGUUCCUCGUAUAGUGCCCAAUCAUCACAUUCCACUGCCGGAAAACUACCUCAGUGGUUCUCUUGCAGUCGAGACCAAAGCUAUAAUUUCAUGGAUGGAGCGCACUCCAUUUGUGCUUGGAGCCAAUUUACAAGGAGGAGAGAAAAUGGUGGUUUACCCUUUUGAUAUGCAGCGUCCUCCAAUUUCUUUAACUGACAGCCGGCGUUGGAGGGCUAAUGCUGAGAUGAACGAAGAGACCUGGGCUCGGAUUCAGCGGCAGAACGAAGGAGCCCUCAGGGAGACGGCCGAUGAUGCCAUGUUUCGCUGGUUGGCGAUGUCGUACGCACACAGCCACCUGACCAUGACGGAGACCUACCGGGGAUCCUGUCACGGCGAUGAUGUCACUGGAGGGCAGGGGAUCAUUAACAGAGCCAGCUGGAAGCCUGUGGUGGGCAGUAUGAACGACUUCAGCUACCUGCACACCAACUGCUUCGAACUCUCCAUCUUUCUGGGUUGUGACAAAUUUCCCCAUGAGAGCGAGCUGCCACUAGAGUGGGAGAACAACCGCGAGGCUCUUCUGUCCUUCAUGGAGCAAGUGAAUCGAGGAAUAAAAGGCAUAGUGAGAGACAUGGAGGGAAACCCGCUGCCUAAUGCUACGAUCUCUGUGGAGGGCCUCCGGCAUGAUGUCAAAACCGCUGCCAGCGGAGACUACUGGCGGCUGCUCAAUCCUGGAGAGUACAAGGUGACGGCCAAAGCAGACGGCCACACCUCCCACACGCGGCUCUGCAUGGUCGGCUAUGACACCGGAGCGACCCCCUGCAGUUUCACCUUAGCCAAGUCCAACUGGGACCGGAUCAAAAGGAUCAUGGCUCUGAAUGGGAACAGGCCCAUUCGAGUCGUUCCAAAAACCAACAGGUUGAAGGCGACUGUGUCGACUACUGGGGCGCCGCCCACCACCACCACAGUAGCAUACCCUCGGGCCAACCCUCAGAGAGCUGAGCGACUCAGGCGACUCAGACUGAUGCGCUUACGACGACUGCAAGCCAGAAGGUCAAGAGGCAGGAUCUCAACCACCCCCCCAACUACGACGACAACAACAACAACAACCACCACAACAACAACAACAACACAACCACCAGAGACUGAGAGCACGACCUCCUGGUACGACUCCUGGUUUCCUGUGGGCAGCUGGACAGAAAACCCGUUUGACGCCUUCUUAUUUGACUCGGCGCCCACACAGGAAUAUAACUUUGAAUAUAAAAUUGAUUAAAACACAUUAAGGCCUA